GGCCAAGCUACACGUACCGGACGACAUCGGACGAUGCCAUAAAAAUUGAGCAACCUAGGACCGCAGACAAGCAAAUCAAGUCGGGCCGGGCCGCGUCGGACGCCCGCUGUCAUCCGAUGUCAUUGGGUUGACGUUUGUAUAUUUUCUUUGUUGAUAGUCGUUUCAUUUUCUUGAUCAGACUAAUAUCUCAAGUGAAUUGUGUAUUAACCAAACUACAGAUUCUCUUAAAAUGGAUUCGAAACCGAAAAAUUCGUAUAAAACCGCUAAGGGAGAACAUUUGUUUACGAUGGAGGAUACUUUGCAAUUUAUAUCCAAAAUAGAAGCGUGUCCACUUUUGUGGAAUAAAAGGGAUCCUCAAUAUAAAGAUGUGGCAAAGCAAGACAAUGUGUGGCAGAAAGUGGCCAGUGAAUUGAGCAUUCCUGUACUUUUAGCCAAAGAGAAGUGGCAAAAUCUACGGUCUACAUACAGAAAAAAUCGAAUAAAAGUUAACAAUAGUAUCCAGUCGGGAGCAGGUUGUAAUGAAAUAUUUAGACCAAAUUGGUUCGCGUACGAAGCGAUGCAGUUUCUCAACGAAAAUCUAAGUGCUGGAGACACAAUUGAUACGUUAAGACCACCUAAAAGUUUGGUUCACCGGCAAAAUUUGGAAGCAACAAGCAACCCUUCCAAAAUACCACGGCUAUCUCCGUCGUCUAGCGUGACGAAUCUUGAUGGAGCAGUACCAAGCACGUCGAAGAACAAGGGAUCGCUUGGUCAGCAUAUACCAAGCACGUCGACGAACAAGGGAUCACCAGGAAUACCAAGCACGUCCCCUGGCCAGACACCGCGUUUCCAGCUUAUGCCUGGAACGUCGAUCGUACGAGGACAGCGUGUCCAAAUUAUGUCAAACGCGACAUCGGGACAAGCGUUGCGAUUUCAGCCAAUACCGGUCAUGUCGACUAGCCAGGCUGCACCAAACACGUUCUCAGGACAGAUACCUCGGUUCCAACUUGUACCAUCACUGUCUGCGGGAGUUGGAACACAAGUUCAGGCGCAAAAUGACACGUCGACGGGACACGAAUCGCGCGGUCAGCCAGUUCCGAUAACGUCAACAGAUCAAGCAGUAGCGGUCCAGUCAAGAUCGAACACGACAACUGGCAUACCUGAAACGGACCAGGGAGUACGGGUCCAUUCGGAACUGGAAACUUCGAUGAACGAAGAACAAGAAGAACAACCUAAUAACGCAUCGUCACAAAAUGCUCCACGGCUUUCCAGACAAGCUAGAGUUGAUGGAAAAAUUUUGAGCUGUCUAGAAUAUCUUGAGAGUUCAUAUCAAAAAAUGCAAGAGCGAGAACCCGUGUCUGCGUUUUUAGAUUUGGUAGCCGAACGAAUGCUACGUAGAAAAAAAGAGGAUUUGGAAAAAAUGCAAAAUGAGAUUUUGCAGGUCAUUGAACGAUUUGAAAUCGAUGAUAGAAAUGAAUAGCAGUAGCUGUGUCUCUGCAAUGAGGGAUCUUGUUCCCAGUGAAUAAGGAGGGAGGGGCAUCGAUGGAUAGGACGUUAGACCGCUUACCGUAAAGCCUACAGCUGGUUGUAACUUAACUAAACAGCGUGGUCAACGGUUAUGUUACGCAAACGUACUGCAUUUCGAUACGGACAUUUAUGUUAAAAACAAAUAUAAAAGCAGCGUCAUCUGCACAAACUAUCUAGGUGGCCCUGUUGAAUUCAGAACCAAAUUCGUGUAAUUUUUUGUUUUUUUUUUCAUUUUAGUUUAAAGACAUUCUAACAACAUGUCGACAUAUAUGGACAUAUGUGGAUAUAUGGAUAUAUGACCGAAUGGACCGUGCCUCCAUGAGUAGGACUGAAUAUCCUGCUAUGGCGGGGGAAUCAAUAAGUCACUGCAAACCAACCCGCACUAGUGAUACAUCAAGGCCUCGACCGACAACGGGUGUAGUGUCAAAGAAGAAGACAUUCAGAACAUUGGUCCUUGCAUAGUGAAUCAAAGUAUUAACUACUUACCGCUACAUAAUCAGCAAGUACCUCAAUCAACGCAUCACAAACUUCUGGCACUAUUUUUCGGAUGGUGGACGGAGAUACCUAAAAUAUGUAUUUAAAUAAACUGUGCUUUAUGUCGAUAUGUUUUGUUAAACUUAACUUACACGAAAUAGAAACUGCAAACUU